AUGCCAAAAACCUUUAAUUUUCUAGAUGAGUUAGUGACUCAUCACAAAAUUCCACUUCAUUCUUGCCUUUGCCACAGAGGAGUAUGGGUGCGAAGGAAGAGGCACUGGAAAGUUCAGGCGAACGUGCAAGAGUUUAGUACUGAAAAAAUCAAGGAGCUGAAGAAAGAGCAUAAGAAUGCAAAGGUGGUAAUAGGCAUUGGAGGUCGUGGCACCAAAUAUCCAUCAAUCCUCAAGGAAAACUACAAUGGAUUGACAAUGCCAAGAAGUCACUCAAAAAUCCUUGAAAUCGACUACAAGGACGAUUGCGUUAUAGAAUACCUGAAGAAGGAUGUACUAAUCAAUGUGGUGUCCAUUGCUCCAUCAGCUCCCGUGCUAUUGCAAUACAAGACAUUGUACAAGGAACAAAAAGGCUACAUUAACUGGGUCGAUUACCAGUUCUAUGAUCAGUGUUUGUCCUCAAAGUGUGAGUUUGAAAAGUUGUACCAUGACCUAUCCGAUGUCUUCAAAGAUAAACUCUUAGCAGGAUACAGCACUGAUCCAAAUGACAAGGAUAAUCAAAUAUCACCAGAGGACUUUCUUAAGGCCUGCGAAGACCUCAUCAAAUGCCAAUUCCUCCCUGGCAUUUUUGUUUGA